AUGCCGCUUCCAACAGGCGUCUAUCGUGCUGACCAAGUCGGUUCACUUCUCCGACCCAAAGAGAUCCUUGCAACUCGAGAAAAGUUGGCGGCUGGGGAAGCCUCGGCAUCAGAUCUGCAAAGACUUGAGGAUAAGUAUAUUGCAGAUGUGGUACGCAAGCAGCUCCAAGCUGGACUGCGGUCCAUCACCGAUGGCGAGUUCAGAAGAGCUUUCUUCCACCUCGACUUCUUGCAGCAUUUCGAUGGGGUCGAGGUGGAGGGCAGCAUGACCUCGACAAACAAAUCGAAGGGUGGGUGGAUGCCACCUCGAUUAGUCGUGACCGGCAAGUUGGGUCACAGCAAGCCGAUCCAGGUUGGUGACUUUAAGUUUCUCGAGGGUCAGAUCGCCAAUGCUGGUGGCGAGGGCAAGUACGGCAAAGUCAGCAGCAAAGUUGCGAUCCCUAGUCCAACGAUGGUGCAUUUCCGCGGCGGGCGUGAGAGCAUUGAUGUCGAGUCGUACCCAUCUUUAGACGCGUUCUUUGACGAUCUGGCCAGGGCUUACCAAGAGGAACUACAAGACUUGUACGACGCCGGCUGCCGUUUCGUGCAACUGGACGACACGAACCUGGCAUACCUCUGUGAUCCUAAAAUGAGUUCCGCCGCCGAAGAACGACAUGGCAGCGACGCGAAGAAGCUUGCGAGCCAAUACGUAGACCUGAUCAACCGCGCUAUUGAAAAGCGGCCCAAGGAUAUGACAGUUGGGAUUCAUCUGUGCAGAGGAAACCACCGCAGCCAAUGGUUCGCGCAAGGCGGGUAUGAGCCCGUGGCGGAGGUUCUUUUCAAGGAUCUCAACGUUGACGUCUACUUUCUCGAAUAUGACGAUGCGCGGUCAGGAGAUUUCAGUCCUUUGCGCCACCUACCGGAGAACAAGGUAGUAGUUCUGGGCGUGAUGACCAGCAAGAAAGGCGAGCUGGAUGACAAGGAGACUAUGGUUCAGAGACUGAAGGAGGCCAGCAAGUAUUGCAAGCAAGGCUUGGACCAGCUUUGCAUCAGCCACCAGUGUGGAUUUAGCUCAACGAUGGAAGGCAACGAACUCAGCGAGGACGAACAAUGGGCGAAGAUUCGGUUGGAGGUACAGAUAGCAAAAGAGCUUUGGGGUGAUGACUUGUCCAAAUGA